UUAAAAGAACAGAUGAAAUAAUUUUAGUGCUGCUAAUUUGGAAGCUUUAGGAAAAACAGUUACUUUUUGGGAUUCAAAACGCUCACUCCAGUCCAAAAUGAAACAUUUUAUCUUGUUAUUUUUCUUUCUGUUUGGUUAUGUGUACGGCGUGAUAAACUUAAAAUAUUUUGCAACGAUUGGUAAAAAAACUUGCAUGAAGCCUUUAGGAUGUUUUGAAAUUACUUCCGACUUUUAUGACCCGUUGAAGCGUUUAAUAAAUGUUCUUCCUCAGCAUCGAACUCUUAUAAAUACCCAAUUUUUUCUUUACACUAAUUCUAAUCCUAGACAUAGUUAUACUUUAACCACAGACAAUAUAAAACAUUUAAAAUCUCCAUUAAAAGUAAAUUCUCCAACUCGAUUCAUCGUACAUGGAUUACUCGAUAAUAAACUUUUUGCACGAUGGCAACAGCAUACAAUUGAAGAAAUCGAAGACAGUGAUGAGGACUUGGAUAAAAUUUCCAAUGAAAACGGGCUGUCCAUUGAUGGUGUACUAGUUAAUUUCAUGUCUGAAAUUAUAUUUAUAAUAAUUUAUAUUUAUAAUUUUUAUUUUAAUAUAGGUAGUAGACGGUUCAUUGGCUGCAAUCAUCAAAGAGCAGUGGAUUUUUUCCAUUGGUCAAUUAAUAAUAACCAUUGUAGACUUGUAGGCUAUAAAUGCGCUUCUUGGGAACAAUUUCUGGAAGGAAAAUGCACCGAUUGUGCUCCGGAUGGUAGUCUAUGUUCUACUAUGGGUAUCAGAGCAGACGAACGUAAAACAUUAAACGAAACUAAUGUCAAAUUUUACCUUAAAACUAGCGGAGAUUCUCCAUUUUGCUUACAACAUUACAAAAUUGUAUUUAAAUUACAUAAAUCAAAGCAAGCUACAGCAGUAAAAGGAUCUGUAGCAAUAGAAUUACAUGGAGACCAAGAGAAUGUUCUUACCAAACUAACUGGAGGAAGCAGAGAACUCCAUCCAGGAAGCACUCAUUUUUAUCUCGCUACUACGGAUAAAAACCUUAUAAAAAUAAAAAGCGUUCUAUUUUCGUGGACAGAUUCUUCAUCACUUCUUAAUCCAAUUAAUUGGAUCCGCACUAAAAAAUUAUAUUUAGAAUACAUAGAAGUGAUUCCAAUGAAUGUUGUUGAUAAAAUCGAACAACGUUCACUAACGACAAAAUUAUGUCCAACCGAUCCAUUCAAACCGAUUUAUUCUAAAAAGCCAGCCGUUCUACUCGAAGUAAAUUGCAAAAAUUAAAAAAAAUAGAAUUUCACAGUAGGAACUUUGUAUUAUAAAAUUUGUUAUAAAUGUAACAUUUGUUUAAAUUCGUAAUCGA